GUCACACUUGCGACCAUGAUGUCUAAACAUUGCUUUCUAGGCUUCCUCAUCAGUUUCUACCUGACUGGUGUAGUAGGAACUCAGCCAGACCAUGGGUCUCUGAAGCCUCAGAGGGUACAAUUUCAGUCCCGAAAUUUUUACAACAUUUUGCACUGGCAGCCUGGGAGGGCACUUGCGGACAACAGCAGUGUCUAUUUUGUACAGUACAAAAGAUAUGGACAGAGACAAUGGAGAAAUAAAGAGGACUGCUGGGGAAUUCAGGAGUUGUUUUGUGACCUUACCAAUGAAACCUCAGAUAUUCAGGAGCCAUAUUAUGGGAGGGUGAGGAUGGCCUCGGCUGGGAGCCACUCAGGCUGGAGCACCACACAGCGGUUCAUGCCCUGGUGGGAAACAAAAAUAGAUCCUCCAGUCAUGAAUAUAACCCAAGUUAAUGGAUCUUUGUUUGUGAUUCUCCGUGCUCCAAAAUUGCCAUAUGGAGACCAAAAAGGAAAACAUAUAUCUAUGGAAAAUUACUAUGAUUUAAUAUACCGAGUUUUUCUAAUUAACAAUUCAUUAGAAAAGGAGCGAAAGGUAUAUGAAGGGAUUCACAGAGUUGUUGAAAUUGAAGCUUUAACACCUGACUCUGGUUACUGUGUAGUGGCUGAAAUAUAUCAGCCCAUGUUAGACAGAAGAAGUCAGAGGAGUGAAGAGAGGUGUGUGGAAAUUCCAUGAAGUGACGUGGAGUACUCAGCGAUGUGGAAGUCAAAAGCUCCCUGAGAAUGAGAUG